AUGGCCAAUCUCAAUCGGACCAACCCUCCGCAGAGCUUCGUCAGCAGCUACGCGCCUCGCAUCCGCACAUAUGGCAACUCCCUCCUCACCCCAGUGCAACCUCAAACCGUCCUCCCAAAUGUUCGCACUACCAAGCGAGGCACCACUGCCAUCAACUACGCCGAGGAGUUCGAGGAUGAUAGCAUAGAAGACUCGGAUGCUCCGCGGCGGGGUACCGGCUUGCGGACACGGCCGACACGUGACACAGACCCGAAUGCUGAGAGGCCGCGACAGAAAGAGUUGGGCAAGGAGGCAUAUGCGCCGGUGGACGUGCAGGGCAUAUGGCGGGAGUGGAUGGGCAAGCCGAAGCGGUUCCUGACGGAGAAGCAGCUACACACCCAGUCUGUCCUGCCCACCACACUCGUCCCAAUCCGGAUAGAUCUGGACGUGGCACCCUUCCGGCCAGAAGCUGCUCUGCCCACGCCUCACAAUGCCAAGGACUUUGGUAUCGAUGAGAAUCUACCCGCAUACAAGGCACCAGACCCUACGCCACAAUUUCGUCUCAAGGAUAGUUUCCUAUGGAACCUGCACGAGGCACUCAUCACACCCGACCAAUUUGCGAAGGUUUUUAUAGACGAUUUGGACUUCCCCAUACAACGGAAACCUGCCAUGAUCAUGGAGAUCGCGAACUCGAUACGGCAACAAUUAGAAGAGCAUGCAUCCACAGCUCUACAUCCAAUCUUUCAGCCAAGUGCUGCGCAUCCAGUACAACCGACCACGGGAGCACCCACUCCACUGCCUACCGGCACAUCGCGUGACGACUCGCGAGAAGCGUCGCAAGCCAAUACGCCUGACGUCAACUUCCUCAAAGCUCCGCAUUUGCAUGGCCACGACGUAAGCUCGACAUCAUCACCAAAGGCGAAUGGAGCAGCCACGCCUUUGAUCACAGUCAACGCCCAGCCUGUACCGGAAGACACAACGACCUCGAUAGCCCUCAACCCACGCGACUCGCACCGCUGUAUCCUCAACAUCUCAAUCAACCUCCAGAACCGACUGUACACCGACAAAUUCGAAUGGUCACUUCUCCACCCAGCAGGAUUCGCCGAGAUCUUCGCGAAACAGACAUGUGCAGAUCUUGGCUUAUCUGGCGAGUGGGUCCCGGCCAUGGCUCAUGCAAUCUACGAAUCCAGCCUCCGACUCAAAAAGGACAUGCUGGACAACAACGGCACAAUCUAUGGUGUGGUAGGCAGCGGCAUCGACCUCUAUGGGAACGUCGAUAACGAAGCUUGCGAAUUCCACGGUACCGCCGAAAGUGCCCUUGGAAUCGGUGCAGGCUGGCGCUUCGAUGACGAAGGAUUGGGGAAUGAGUGGGAGCCUAAGAUCGAAGUCCUGAGUAAAGAGGAGAUCGAGAAGCGGGAAGGUGACCGCGAGCGUCAGAUUCGCCGGGCACGGAGAGAUACUGCGCGGUUCACCAGUUCAUAUGCUGCUGCUGCACAGAACCCGAAUGAUUAUUUUGCGGGUGGGCUUGGGUCGCAGGCGAAUGGUGGAGGCGAUGAUGAGCGUAUGGGUCGUGGGGAGCGGUCGAAGAAGAAGCGGAGGUUUAGGAGUCUGUCGCCUGUUGGUCGCGAUACGCCUGAAGUGGCCGGGUUUGGUGGGACUUCUGGGCAGUUGACCGAGGGCGAGAGGCAGUAUUGGAGAUGUAGUCAUUGUCAGAUCUGGGGCUCGGCGGUGUGGGGAGUGCGUGAUGGGCCGAGUGGUUCGCGGACACUCUGCAACAACUGCGGCCUCCUCUACGAACGCGACCACCGCCUCCCACCCUGGAACCGCAACCUCUUCAUCACCGAAAAGAAUGCCGCGACUCGCGAGACCGCCCUCCCCGGCUCCUACAACUCGGGCCCCACAGCGCAAUCCCGCCAAAUCACCCACCUCCAAUCCGACAUCUCCUCCUUCCCAUCCCAACACACCCCUCCUCCGCAAUCGAAACAACUACCCCGUGAUCUGCCCGACAUCAAUCCAUCAUCUCACCUCUACACCGGUGCCUCAGGAGGCCAAGGCCAGAUUUCCGCGUCAACAAUGGCGGAUAUCUUCAAUUACGCCGAACCGGGUGAGGAUCUAGAUUGGACGAAAGUCACGGAACCGCGGGAGAGGAAACGGUUACAGAAUAUCAUCAAUGGACGCAAAUAUCGGGAACGUCGAUUAGCAGCCGAAGGGCAAGGCGGGUCCGGUGGCAAUUAUCUUGGCGCGGCUGGGGUGGGGAGUUACCUGAGUCAGGGGUAUGGGAAACGGACGUCUGGACUGGGUAUGGGUAGUCGGACGGAGAAUGGCGGUGGGGGUAGUGGGAUUGGAUCAGAGGGCCAGAGUCCCGCGCGGUAG